GCGCUGGGUGCGCGCACGCAGCCUCCUCAUCCCUUCGCGGUUAUCGGUGAACGGCUUCCAAAAAACUAUGCGUUUGUCGCUUGCAUAUUGACUCGGCUCCUUGUGCUUACUUUGUUCACGAUCAGAGUUCCGUUAACGGGAGGUUCAGUCAUAAGAACUUUGAACUGCAUUACCAACAGGCUUGUCUAGUUGUAAAUUAGAACGGCUGUGUAGAGAUAAAACAGAAAUAUGACAGCGAACAACGUCGCGCCACUCUCAAACGAAGGGGAAACGGGUCCCCCGGGCCCCCCAGUUGAGGAAGCCAUGAAAGGAGUGGAAGCUACGCCUGAGGAACAAGAAAGGCUUGCGACAGGCAAUAACAAUGGUUCUCUCGACUGCAAGCUGCCCACGCCACAGCAGGCCGAGCCUCGCUCGGCAUUUCACUCGACACGAGUGUUCAUGCUUGUGUUUCUAUCAGGAUGGGUCGUGCAAGGGAUGUUUCUUACGUAUUUCGUGAGUGUGACGACAACCGUUGAAAAGUUAUUCAAAGUCGAGUCGAAGACCACAGGGACGCUGCUAGCAGCGACGGAGAUUGGGCAGAUAUGCACAGCUCUGUUCCUGACGUACUUGGCAGGACGUGGUCACCGGCCGCGCUGGAUAGCCUGCAUGAUGAUUGUGCUGGCGAUUGGUGUUGUGGGCAGUGUCAUGCCGCACGUAUUUUAUGGAACGCAGCUGCUCGAGGUGCACCAGGACACGCAUAGUGGCGGCGUCGGACCCGUCUGCAACUCCAAUAUAACAUCUUGCAACCCGUCCCAAAUGCAAGGAACGGCCACUCGUUCUUCCAUCACGGCAGUCGUCAUUCCUUGGUUAUUUGUCUGCCUGCUCAUCGUCGGCGUGGGACAGACGGGGAUCGCUACUCUAGGAAUUCCAUACGUUGAUGACAACGUUGGCAGCAAACAGUCGCCUCUUUACAUGGCUAUAACCAUUGGCAUCAGGGUCAUCGGACCUGCACUCGGUUUCCUUUUGGGAGCACUAUGCACUAGAGUAUAUGUGAACCCCCUCAUCGAUCCUGGCUUCGACUCCAGCGAUCCAAGAUGGGUUGGCGCUUGGUGGCUCGGUAUGGUUUUCAUAGCCGGAUUCAUCGUGAUCCUGUCGGCGCUGAUGUUCUUCUUUCCGCGACAGAUCAGACAAGAACCACUGCCGCUGCCGCCCAAGAAAAACAAAGAAAAGAGCGAACCUUUUCUGAAAGAUUUUUUCGCCACAAUAAAACGCCAGGUGACAAAUGACAUAUUAAUGUGGCGAACAGCGAGCUCAGUACUACACUUGAUGCCGGUCAGCGGCGUGUACAGUUUCCUGCCCAAAUAUCUAGAGAAGGAGUUUCGGCUGCCCACCCACGAUGCCAACCUUGUCACGGGCCUUGGUGGUAUUCUGGUGAUGGGCGUGGGCAUUAUCACGGCGGGCGUCGUGAUCCUCAAGCUGGUGCCUACUGCGCGACAGGUAGCCGCGUGGACGGCCGCCACCGCCGCUGUUUACAGCGCUGGCAUGGUGCUAUUAAUGUUUAUAAGCUGCCCAGAGGAAAGCUAUCGACUUAUAGGCGAGACAGGCCUGACGAACACUACAAUCCUCGAUUGCAGCGUCGACUGCCGCUGUGAUCUUGCGCCUUACUCGCCUGUUUGUGGUCAGGAUUCAUACACGUACCUAACGCCGUGCCAGGCGGGGUGUGCGAGCAGUAAGCAGCUGGACAACAGCACCUGGUUGUACUACAACUGCUCCUGCAUCGACGCCAAUAUGCACGGGGAGAAGGCCGUACAGAACAUCCAGCGCUAUAACUUGUUCAAUACGUCGAAGAGCCUCAUCUCGGAUGGGCAAGGCGUGGCAUUCAGCGGCACCUGCGGGGGAUCCUGUCAGCAGAUCUACGUCUUCGUGGCGCUCUUCGCCGCGAUCAUGUUCAUUCACUCCAGCGGGGAGGUCGGCGCAGUGCUGCUUAUUAUACGGUGCACUGACAAGCACGACAAAGCGAUGGCUAUGGGCGUGAUUCAAUUCGCGAUAGGUGUGUUCGGCAAUGUGCCGUGUCCGAUUAUAUUCGGCGCGGCCAUCGACGCGGCAUGUCGACUGCGCGACAUCGCCUGCAAGGAUCCAGGCGGAACCUGCGCCUCUUACGACAGUGACAGUUUGCGGCACUACUUUCUGGGUUUGUCUGCCGGGCUGAUGUUCCUGGCGUUCAUAAUGGACCUGCUGGUGUGGAGCAAGGCGGGCCGCAUCGACAUGAACCCCGGCGAGGCGCACGCCUGCGCCGCCGCACUGCCGCUGGCGCAUGCGCCCGACAAGCCGCCCUCCGACACGCAGCUCUGACGCUCUGACGCCUCCAGCAGUGGCACUUCUGAGCCCCCACAGUCCGCAAUAGUCGCGUGUUAAUAAAUAUAGCUACGAGAAGCGAUUGUCGAGCCUAAGCGACACGCGCUUCUGUAUUUAAUUAUUAUUGAUAGCAAUAAUCGCCUCUAUGAUCAUAAUAAUAAACACUAUAGUAUAAAGGUUUAGGUAAUUAACAAAAAGGAAAACAAACUUCAGCUGUCACUUGGUUAACCGACCAAAUGCAAUAUUUGGUAGAGAGUUUCAUACGUCGUAUUAUUGCUGUACUCUUUCAUUUGGUCGCAUUAGAUGUCAUAUUUUUAAUGGUUGGAUUUUAGGUUGUUUAUCGUAGGAACGUAAACAUCUUCAAUUAAAUAUUUUAUAUUUGGUACUAUUUUAAAUAGGUAGUUCGAAAUGUUGUAUUGUUGUGAAUUACUUUCUUGAUUGUAAUUUUACAAUAAGUAACCAGGUAAUGCCUCAUAAAAUA